CGCGCCGCCAACAUCCUCACCGCACCGAACGAGCAAGCAGUCAGUUCGGCGCCGUCAGCCGUCACGCAUACACGUUAUUAUUGAGAAAUGGCAGCGGCCCAUACACAUUCUGCCCCUGCGCCCUCAGACCGUCGUCCAGAAGGCCGUGCUGGUUCUCGACGAAUAUUUCCACCACAAUUUAAGCUACAAGUUCUUGAAGCAUAUAGACGUGAUACUCAAUGUCGAGGUAAUCAACGUGCUACAGCCAGGAAGUUUGGCAUUCAUCGUCGCCAAAUUCAAAAGUGGCUUCAAGCUGAACCUACAUUGAGAGCAGCACUUUUAAGAAGAGCCCCUCAGCCAGCACCCUCGCCUCCUCCGUACACAGCUGGUUCACCAGAGAGUGCCAGAUUGCCGUCUCCACCGCCUGCUUCGCUGCCCACAUCAGUGACAGUGCCCACGCCGCUACCGGCGGCUAUGCCUUUACCACUGCCUCCAGUUAUUGCCGAGCCGAUUGACUUGUCGAUACGUCGACCAUCUCCACCUCCAACACAACCUGUGUGUCCACCUGUGCCAGAACCACCACGCAAGCCUUUUAAGUUGUUCCGGCCAUAUCUCCUUGGAGAAGAAGAAGAAGAAAGACCACCAGUAGCAUCAUUACCAGUGUCAAGCGGUGUACAUGUGUCUGCAUUCGUGCCAGUGCAGAGUGCGACCGGAUGCGCGUUGACCGCAUGUUCAGCACCACGCUGGUGUGCGGCCAUGCCCUCAUUUCCGGCUCCACUCAGAUGAGAAUAUGCCGACGGGGCUCAGCCUCGAACCUCCUGUGAUCUAGUCGCCGACGCCCGCCUGGCGCCGCCUGGGGCGUAGCCCUCCAUCAUCGUGCCUUAACAUACACGCCGCCAUAGUGCAUUAUGCCGUCAUCUUGAGAUGAUAGCUUAUUUUUGUGUAUAAAUAUAAAAAUGUAUUUUUAUAUGUGGGGUUUAUGAAGCUUUCCCACAUUUAUGCAGAUUGAUUAUUAAGAUUAAUACUAUUUUAUCUAAUAAAAGAAUUGUUUAUUAA